UCUAUCAAUGCUCAACGAAUUUGUUAUAAAUUUGUAUAAUAAUAUUUAUAACAGUAACAGAGAAAGAGAAAAACAUAUUUAUGAUUAAAAACAUACAUUUAACAUUAAUUUAUAACUACGUCAUACCGGAAGCCGGUUAGCGGAACGACGGAUAUUGUAUUGUUUAGCAACUCAGUGCAGCAUGCUUUCAAUGUUUUGAUUGAAGGAUCAUUGUUGACAGAAAGGCCGGAGUCAUAAUAAUUUAGCGCGCCAUUAAAGAAAUACAUAUUGCGGCCUGAAUUCGGCCAGUUUGAAAUAUACUUUGACAAUAUGCUGGAAAUUCCAGAGACACAACCACCAAAACCCGAAGCAGAUCGAAGGGACAAUGAGUGCAUAGGACAAAAGAGGAGUGCAACUGCAAAUAGAGUCGUGACCCUCCAAACGCGGACGAGAGCCCUUGGACCCGUUGGAAGGGGGCCGUUAGUCCCUUCUGUGUGGCAGUUGUGAAGGAAGUGGCUUUGGUGUCCCUCUGUCCCGCACAGGGAAUGAAGGUGGAGCCGGACUUCGUCACCUUCACCCCCGCGGAGGAGCUGCAGUACCUGAGGGCGCGGGUGCAGGAGCUGGAGCGGGACAAGGCCGAAAUGGCGGAGGAGAACCGGAGGCUGAAGGACAUGCUGAUGAACGAGAUUCCCUCUCUUCUCUGCUCCAUGAAGCAGACCCUGUCCGUGUGCACCGGCAGGGCGAGCGAGUCGGACUUUGGGGUGGCGGACGGGCCGGGCUUCGCCCAGCCGGCGCCGGACGGGUCCGAGUUCGUCCUGGCGGCGCCGGCCUGCGCCCGGAAGCCGGAGCGGGCCGAGUUCAUGCAGGCCGUCCCCGGCGGCGUCCCCCGGCGGGCCGACGGGGGCGCGUUCGUGCAGACGAUGGCGCCCGGCGCGGGGCGGCUCACCGACGACGACGGCGGAGUCGGCGGGGAGUACGUGGUCGCCGACGACAACGACGACGACGGGGGCGUGGUCUGCCCCGUCGUCAUCACGGACGAGGACUGCCACACGUGUUCCGACUCGGCGUGCAGCUCGCCGGACCUCCCCCCGGCCCGCGACUGCGCGGAGCUGGAGCACCGGCACGUGACCGGGAGCGACGGCAACCACGUGCGGCAGGUGGAGGUGUACCCGGGCUCCAGCGUGUUCUGCGAGGCCAGGGCGUGGCACGCGGCCAUCCAAGCGCCGUCUCCCACGGCGAUGGCGCGGACACUGUUGCUGGGCGUGUUCGACAUGGACACCCUGUUGCACAGCAACCUCAGAGGAGGGCGGAGCCGGAGGCCCACCUUCCCCAAUCACCGCGCGGGCCUGGACCCCCACAAGCUGGACGCUAUUUACAGUGCCACCCUGGCGAAGUUCCCGCUGGCCAGGAAGGGGCAGAUAGGCACCGGGAUCAACUCCAAGCUGUCGGAGAUCAGAUUCAAAUCCAGGAGGGCCGGCCGGGAAGGGAGAUACUUGUGAAGAGCUGGUCGCGGGAGGGUGCGAAAACUGUUCACCCUGACGGUCUCUGGAUUCAUUAUUGAUUUGUUUUAUUUAUUAUUUAUUAUUAUUUUAUUUGGAUUAUUUUUUUUGGACAAACGCCUUGAUCCAGGGUGAACGAAUGGGCAAUAGAAGGUAAAGUGCCAAAAGCAAACAGAAAAUGCUCCAAGUCCAAGCGCGACCCAUAGCACGCGGCUAGGCUACACGAGAAGGUGACAGCGCAGGGCCUUCUUAUCCAAAACAGCACAACGAUUAAGAGCGUAGUUUAAGCCAGGAUCAUAGCUAGCACUCGGCUAACGGUACAGCUACAGAAACGGCACCACUGGCUUGCCCCAGGGUCAACCAGCCCAGUUCUACCAGCAGAUCCAGUUUGGGUUACUCCACAUGUAAUCUCAAGAGAUUAGUCCUCGGAAGACGACGGGAAGGUAGAGAGUGGCUCGGCUGUCCCGAACGAGGUCGGCAGCUCGUUCCGCCACUAGGGUCGGCGAGGGCUCGGUGAGCCGGGCCCUCCGUGCCGAGCGACGGGCCGGACGGCUGGCCGGCGGAAGAGCGCGGCAGGGCGGGAACGAGGAACGCGUACGAGGGCAUGUCGACAGCGGCGGCCGGGCCACAGAGGCCGAGAAGAGAUAAAAACGGUCUGAUGGCGUUAGCAGGGAGGUCAGCCGGGCAGCGGGCGGUUGCUAUGGCAGCACCGGGGGUCUGGAGCAGUUGCCGAGAGACGCAGACAGACAGACAGACCAGGGCCGGGCUGUGAAGAAGGGGCAUUGUGAUGUCACAGGGAGAGAACCCUGGCGCUGUGCGGAAUGUCACUGCGAGGUUGUUGGUAGUCUGGGAGUGGAGCGGCGCUGUCUCCUGAAGGCGCCGGUGGGGCCAGAUCACUUCUGCAUGAUUGUCUUUGAUGGGGGAGCCGGGGGCGCAGAACAGUGGGGGGGGGGCGAGCGGAGGAAGGCAGACUUGGAAGGACAACAGGAAAAGCAGCCAGCCCCGCUAGCCCCCGCAAAGCCCCGCCCACACGAGCGAGCGCAGCCUGCUCCAGCAGCCCGAGGGCCUUCGCGGGCUGAGCCGCUAACGUUAGCGCGCAGAUGUUUCCCGAAGACAUCUGGACGCGCAACCUCGGCUGCGGGACUUAGCGACGGGGGGGGGGAGGAGGAGGGAGGCUCAGGCCACCAGCUGCAGGACGACCGGCCGCCCACUCUUCCGAGGGGGGGGAGAUGGGGGGGCGGGCUCUGAAACCGCCGAGGUUUGGACGACAGCCAGGCGAUAUUUUCCUAUCGAUUUCCGCGAUCCCGGCGUUUCCCCGCGGGGACUGGCGGUCGGCGGCUCCAUUACCAUUCCUGAUCCUCCCUCGCCCACGGAGCGGGGAGAGAGAGCGCAUCAAUCCCCGCCCCGGAGGUGCCGUCGCACCCCCCGCCCCGCUUAAUGGAUCCUCAGACGCUGAACACCUCAAGGAGCGAGAAAUUAAUUUAUCUUAAUGCGCCUAAAUGGUGCGAGAUCUCCCGAGUGGACUGUGUAAGGGAGGGGGGGGGGGCCCUGGUGUUUUAAUGUCAAAGGGGAACGGGUGGCGGGUGGGGUAGGGCCUUUGCUGAAGAUUUUGACGAUGGACUUGAUUGGACAGACAGAAAGGGUGUCGGCGAUUUAGCGUGUGGCCCCUCGGCUCGCCGAUUGUGUUGAUGCUUUCGCGGACAUAAAGAUAGACUUACCGCCAUCACUGUCGCACGCUCUGGAGGGACCGGUGGGACCGUGGCAGCGGGAUGACAGACAGCCGGUCCCCGGCCGUCUCCUGACAGCAGGGGGGAGGACACUGAGGCGAAGCUCCACGGAAACGAGAGCCGGGUACGGCAACUACUCCGCGCACAAAAAUACGCUGAUCCCGGGCGCUGAUCUCAGGCGCUGAUCCCGGACACUGAUCCCGAGCGUGGAUUCCAAGCACCGAUCUCAGGCACUGAUCCCGGGAAGCUGAUCUCAGGCACUGAUCCCGGGAAGCUGAUCUCAGGCACUGAUCCCGGGAAGCUGAUCUCGAGCGCUGAUCCCGGAAGCUGAUCUCGAACGCUGAUCCCGGGUGCUGAUCCCGUUCUCUCAGCCCAGCGGCACAGCCGGACGGUCGUCUCGCAUACGCUGCGGUGUCUUGUGUUUUUUCACCUUCGCAACGUGCCAAUAAGACUUAGUCUUUUGAAAAUCCGUAUGUUCCCUUGUGUGGCGCUGUUUCCAGGGAAGCGCUGCUGCUGUCAGUCGCCUUGAUAUGUGACAUGUUCUGACAAAUGAAGUCCCUGUGAUUACAAAA